UGUCUCUAGUCGUAGGCCAAUGACAUGGCCAAUAGCUUACGGCCGGCGAUGUCGGACUUCGGAGGACCGAGACAACAUCGAACACUCCAAAAUUUCAAUAUACGUCAUUUUUAGCCCUUAGGAAACCGCAACUGCUUCUCCUUAUUAAUUCAUUCGCUUAUACCCAUGUCCAUUUAAGUUAGUCAUUUAGAGAUGCAAUAGCAAUUUCUAUCCUAUCAAUUGAUUCUUGCUUUUCAAAGGGCGUGUCCAUUGAGUUCGAGCAUGGCCUCCAUUACAAAAUCGUGGCUUUGCGCAACAUGCCGGCGCAAAGCUUCUACGCCACUCGCUUCUAGAAUAUCUUCUUAUUCAACCUCAAGUCGGCAUGAUAAACCUCUCAGGAUGGCCGUAGUUGGCUCAGGCCCGGCUGGCUUCUAUACCGCAUACCGGGUCAUGUCUAAGGUGCCCAAAACUAAGGUUGACAUGUUUGAAGCAUUACCCGUACCGUACGGUCUUGUGAGGUUCGGAGUUGCGCCAGACCAUCCCGAGGUGAAGAAUUGUGAAUCCAAAUUCGAAGAAGUUGCCAGUUCACCCGAUUUUACCUUUAUUGGAAAUGUCGCUAUCGGCAACGCAGGCGGCCAUUUUGGCGGAUGUACAAUACCGCUGGCUUCUAUGAUGCACCAUUACGAUGCCGUUGUCUUCGCUUAUGGUGCGUCGAAGGAUAAACAGCUGGGUAUUCCAGGAGAGUCUGAGUUGAAAGGGAUCUAUUCGGCUCGGGAGUUUGUAGGCUGGUAUAAUGGCCUACCAGAGUAUGCCGGUCUAGCCCCUGACCUCACUAAGGGGGAUGAAGCUAUCAUCAUCGGUCAGGGCAAUGUUGCUCUUGAUGUUGCUAGGAUGCUUCUAGAAGACGUGGACGUAUUGCGGAAGUCAGACAUCACCGAGAUGGCUAUUGAAACCCUACUAAAGAGUCGCAUUAAACGAGUCCAAAUCGUGGGGAGAAGAGGACCCAUGCAGGCCGCAUUUACAAUCAAGGAAAUCCGAGAGCUGAUGAAGCUUCCGGGGGUUGGUUUUCAUGAAAUCGACAGGUCUCUCAUCCCUGAGCAAAUAUCGAAACUACCCCGGGCUCAGCGAAGGCUGAUGGAAAUACUUGUGAAAGGCUCCGCAACUCCAUUAGACUCUGCGUCGAAGAAAUGGUCUCUAGACUUUUGUUUAUCGCCUAUCGAAUUUUUCGGUGGGCCUGAUGGACAUGUAGAGAGCACACUCUUCGAACGAACAUCUUUAGCAUCGCCUUUCGAUCCAUCUUCAAGUGUCGUUGGUACAGGGGAGAAAAUACAAGCCCCUUCCUCUGUAGUAUUCCGUUCCAUUGGGUACAAGUCUGUUGCCCUACCGGGAUUUGAUGAAGCGGGAAUAUCAUUUGAUGACAGGAGGGGAAUUAUCAAUAACGAUGGAAUGGGUCGUGUAUUGCAGGUUCAAAGCGAUGAGAGUGGCAACGAACAGAAAAGGUCACAUGUGCCUGGACUCUACUGUGCAGGUUGGGUCAAAAGAGGUCCGACAGGUGUCAUCGCCUCAACUAUGGAGGACGCGUUCUCUACAGGCGACGCGAUGGCCUCCGACUGGAAUGCCGACAUCCCAUUCCUAGAAGGAGAAAGCAGCUCUGGCUGGGAAGCCCUUCGAGCAGGCGUAGAGUUUGGAAAAUGUAGAGUCAUCCAUUGGGAAGACUGGCAGAAGAUAAAUAGAGCCGAAAAAUUACGGGGUGGGUUGGCUGGAAAAGAAAGGGAGAAAUUCAUAAGCACAACAGAAAUGCUAGAGGCGGCGAGCUGAAUCCAAGCUAAUGAAAGUUGCCCUCGCGGGCUAUUGUAACAUUGUAUUCAUAUAACUACGAGCUCUUCAGCUUCUCUGUUAACUCGGGUACUUUCUCGAAUAAAUCACCGACCAACCCUACGUCAGCCACUUGGAAUAUCGGUGCCUCAGCGUCUUUGUUAAUAGCAGCAAUUACCUU